AUGUCGAGAUUUUUUCGUUGCACUCAUCAAGGAAACCUUCUCCGAGAGGGCCCCUGUUUAACGAGGCGGUCCACUGAAAAUGCGAGUGGUUGCGUCCCUGGGCUUGGGCUAAUGGAGGCUGGCGGAGGCCGGUGGUCGCACGACUUGGACCGAUGGACGUUCGGCUAUUCUGUUUAUCGUGAUGCCCAAAUUUACCGUCUCAGAUUCAUGGCUGAUUACGGCUACACGACUGAAGAAACUCGUUGCAUCCCUGGGCUUGGGCUAAUGGAGGCUGGCGGAGGCCGGUGGUCGCGCGACCUGGACCGGUGGAUGUUCGGCUAUUCUAUUUAUUUAUAUAAUGCUUUCCUUAAUGGUUGUUUACUUAUUGCUUACUUUUAG